AUGAAUUAAACAUAAACUAAUUUAUCUCAAGUAAGACAAAAAGAGAAGGUGUCUUUAAAUGAUGGAUUACCUAAGAUUGAGCCAAGAAUAGUAAUUGAAGAACUUAAAAGCCAUUUGUAUUCUGAUGACAACUUUAAAAAGUAUCAGUUACGAUAAUGAAGGUAGAUUAUUCUCAGAUGCAGAAGAUAAAAAAUAUAGAGAAAACUUUUAAUUAUUUGAUCGAGAUGGUGAUGAAAGAAUUAAUUUUACUGAAUUAUAAGAAUUAUUGACAUCUAUAGGAUAUAUUUUUGAAGAAUAGGAAUUAAGUGAAUUAUUUAAGGAACUUGAAGAUUCUGAAGGUUAAGGAAUAAGAUCUGAUGCUUUAUUCAUUUUAGUUAGUAAAAAGAAAAGAGAAUAAGAUAGAGAAGAAUAAUUAAUUGAAGGUAUAAUAUUUAAUGAUUUUAGCUUUUAAAUCUGUAGAUUUGGAAAACACAGGAUAUAUAUAGAGUGAAUAUUUCAAAGAAUUAUUAAUGACAAUGGGCUAUAGAUUUAAUGAAGAUGAGGCUGAUGAAUAUAUGAAAUUCAUAGAUCCUAAAAACGAGGGAAAAUUCCUAUAUAUAGAUAUUGUUAAAAAAAUACUCAAAUGA